GCGAUUCGGGUUUGAAUAAAAUUCCAGUGAUUUCACCAAUAUCUUGAAUCUCAUCCUUAAAUUUUUCAUCUGUCCAUGGAAGCCGCGCAGAUGGACACGCUCCAGCUUCCGCCCAGCGGAGACCCCUGUCGGUUGUGUUUGAAAAAGUGCGAACAAUCGUACGGAAUGUACAUCAACUCCCCGGACGGGCUGCUCCGGGAGUUGCCGAAAAAGAUUCUGGAAUGUAUCGCCCUGGAAGUUAGCGACAACGAGCCGCAAAUCUUCUCCAAGCUCGUGUGCAGCGAGUGCAUCUGCAAGUUGGACUACUUUCACGAGUUUCGGGAAAAUUGCCGCAAAUGCCAGGCGUUCUUCAGUGAAAUGCUAAUGUUUUGUCAGGCGGAAGCUGCUAUCGAGCAUCAACAAGAGCAACAGCAACAGCAUCAUCAUCAUCAUCAUCAUCAGCACGAUGUACACCAGCAGAUACUGCCGGAAAUCAGUUUCCCCGGUAAUGACUUUAUGUUGGACGGAAAUACCAACAAAGAUUAUGAGUACAUUAUUCAAAGUCUGGAGAAGGAAGAUAUCUCGUUCUCAGCUAAUGUGGAAGCUCUGAAGUUGAAAAAAGAACUGGAGAUUUCAAUUCAGCAGAACCAGCAGGAGGAAAAGUACAUUCCCAUGGUGGAGUCAUCCGGUUCGGAUGGCGUCAUGCCUAGCGAGGAAACUUGCUUCAAUAAUUUGGAAGCAAUAGUUGAAUCGAUUGCUCAGCAGAAUGCAUCUGUUGGUUAUACAAUUUCCGAAACGGUACCGGAGGAUGAUCUCGAUUAUGAUGAUUUUGUGGGAAUCGAAACCGUAGACGACAACAGAGAUGCCUCAAUUUCAGAAAUUCAAAUUCAGCAGAUAAUUGAAGAACCCACUAAGUAUGAGCCACCCGAGGAAAUCGUUGCUCCCCCAUUGGCGUCUGAUGAAAGUCCUGUUGAAAUUGAGCCAGAAGUCACCACCGAGGAAACGCCCAUUUUGCAAGCUCCAAACGACCGAACAUGUGAUAUCUGUGGGAAAGUGUGUACCACCCGUACAAAGCUGAAAUUGCACCGAAAUACACACCUCAACGUGACUUCGUUUAGCUGUCCCGUAGAAAACUGCCCCAAAGCAUUCAAGUCGAAAAAUGGCCUAAACGAACACUUGGCCAAUCACACCGGCAAUUACGCGAUUUCCUGUAACAUUUGCGGGAAAGGUUUCCUGAAGCAAAGCUACCUAACUAGCCACUUGAGGACGCACUCGGAGGAGAAAACAUUUCGCUGCAACAUUUGCAAACAGGCUUCGUUCAAAAGUAAGAAAGCUCUCCUGGAUCACAAAAAUCGACACCUGGGUCUGAAGCCGUUCGAGUGUGGCCAGUGUGGAAAGCAGUUCACCAAUCGGUAUUUGUUGCAACAGCACGAACAGACGGCCCACACGGGCAUUCGAUUCCCGUGUCCGCAAUGUGAGAAAACGUUUACUUGCAAAAGCUACCUGAAGGUGCAUCAGAGGAUUCACAGCAACGAUCGGCCGUUCGUUUGUGAGGUCUGCAAUCGAGGGCACGUGACGCGUCGGGAUUUGGAGGUGCACAUGACACUCCAUACCGGAGAGAAGCAAUUUGUCUGCGAUGUAUGUGGCAAGGAUUUUGCCCGGCUGAACGCACUGUCGUUCCAUCGGAGGAUACACGAACCGCGGGAGAAAGGUGGCGGCGAUAGAAAACCGGAGCUGCUAUCCGAUAGCUAG